AUGCAUAUCACUUGGCUCCUCUCAACGCUGGCUCCUGCCCUCACGUUUGCUUCGCCAGCCAUUCGAGCGGCCAGCGACAGCCCCUUCUCACUUUAUGCCUACGGCACAGGCCUCGGGGGUUUGAGGUUGUUUACUUCUGGAGACGAGGCUUAUGUUGGCAAUUAUAAACUUGUUGGCGACGAUCAAGCUGCCCCUGUAAUUUGUACGUUCACUAAGCAGAGCGAUGAUACCUUGCUUGGUAGUCCAGACACAUCCGUUACCUCCACUGCGUCGUGGUCCAGCCUCACCUUCUAUGUGCCCUCGCCUUCGUCCUCCGAGCACGCAGUUGGGUUUGUCGAGUCUGCUGAUGACAGUUCGGAAAUCGUCACCGAGUUCACCUUUUAUGGCGCCUGGAUUGCAACUUCUGACAACACCGGCACAUUGCAGACUCUUUGGUAUGUGACACCAACAGAGACCGAAGGUAUCUACUCGGUGAAGUGGAACAGCACCGGCGACAGCACCGAUGGAAAGAUUUCUAUUGCACUGCGAACGACUGCCCCGUCAAAUUAA